AUGGAAGUAUCGAAGCCCAAAGCCUGGUUCAGGUCUUUUAGCAACAAUAACUUGCACGGAUAUUUGAAACCCGAUUGCCGAGUCUAUGUGGAUCAACACCAAGCAUCUGUGUACAACGCUGGAACGACCCAGGACUCACUCACAUACCCUAUUUUGACAGAUCUUCGAAGCUGUCAGACUGUGGAUGUUAACUUGACUCUUGCUGGCUCAACUCUGCAGUGUUCUGUGCCUGUUAUUGUGGAAAGAUGCUGUCGUCAUAUUGCUGCUAGCGAAAAGCCGGAUGGGCUGUUCAGAGUGAACGGCUCUGUGAAGACAGUACGUGCCACAGAACAGAUUCUGGCAGCAGAUGUGGCAUAUUCCUUUGAUGGGCUCAAUUCUUACGACAUCUCGAUGUUGUUGAAACGAUAUCUAUCUUUUGCUGACCCGCUUGUACCAAGAGCAAUCAGCGAAACCCUCAAAAACAUUGCUGAGAACGGCUCUGGGAACAUUGAAUUGUACGCAGCCACACUGGCUCAGAUUCCAACUCGCAAAGUCCACACCUUGUUGUACGUUCUUCACUUCUUGCACGCGCUGGCGCUCCCUGAGGUGGUGCUCCAAACACGGAUGACGCCCCACAAUCUGGCCAAAAUCUUUCAGUUAUCGCUGUUUAGAUUCGAAAUUACAGGAAAUAUGAGUGCGGAAGACCUUAUGGGCUCGUGCCGCGUGUUUGAGGAAACUCUGCAGUGCUGGAUCGAAGAUUUUGAGUCUUUGUUCACCGCAGUUUGUGCGAGGCUGCGCGAGGUCCCGGAAGUUAAGCUUCCAGUACACUACGAAAGUCGAGCAAGAUCCCUUGAGUCGUUACAUGUUACUAAACGUAAGAAUAGGCGACUGUCUUUGUUUUUGGAUCGUUCCGUGUCGGCGUCGGCUUCAAUUCUUGAAGAGCCCGUGCCGCUACUGCCCGAACGUCCACAACAAAGGGCUGUUUCUGAUCCGGUUCCACGUGAUAAGAAGGACUCCAAAGUUAAGCUUGGCCGCAGGCUCUCGGUUCGUUUCGGACUGUCGCGUAUGGCUGCGUAG